UUUGCUCGGUUCGCCACUCAAGAGGAAUUAAGAACUUUGGUAUUUUCUUGGAUGUUUUCCUAGUUUUUCUCGUGAUUUUUUUUUACUCUGUGCAAUCAUGAAUACAAGCAAAAUAGUCACUUUCAACCCCAUUAUCAGUUCCAUCCAGAAAGUGGCUCUUUAUGAGACGAAAAGCAAACUCUAUCUCAUCGGAAGUAACAACCAGGAAACGAGAUUCAGGAUAUUGGAGAUUGACCGCACUAGCACUACAGAGUUGAAAAUCUUUGAAAAUCCCAAUGAACUGGAGGUGAGAGACAUCCGGAAGCUGAUCAGCUCGAUCGGCUACACAAAAUCCAUAAGUGCUUAUGGAGUGUUGGGAUUUGUGAGAUUUCUGGAAGGCUACUACCUCAUCCUUAUCACGAAGAGGACGCGAUGUGCGGUUAUAGGCAUGCACGUGAUAUACACCAUUAAGGACACAGUUAUGAUAAAGAUCAAUGAAUCUUCGACGAAGCAGCCUCAUCCGCAUGAGCAGAGAUAUCUGAAAAUGUUCUCAAACAUCGACCUGAGAAGCAAUUUUUAUUUCUGCUAUAGUUAUGAUCUAACGAGAUCUCUGCAGUAUAAUCUGUCUGGACCGAAAUUUGUGGGACCAGAAGUUGAUAUCAACACUGAUGAACCAGUUCCAGAUUGGGACAAGAUGAGACCGACUGGGGUGGACAAAGGUGUAGAAUUUGCCUUCAGAAGCAUCUCCAGGAAGAGAUUUGUCUGGAAUUCCUUUCUCCUGCGUCCCAUGGAACACAUUCUGCACAGGGAUUGGCUCCUGGAAAUCAUCCAUGGCUUCAUCAGCCAGUCGAAUAUCAAUAUCUUCGGGAGAUCAGUUUAUGUGUGUCUGAUCGCGAGGAGAAGCAAUCGAUUUGCCGGGACGAGAUUCCUCAAGAGAGGCGCCAAUCACAAGGGAGACGUGGCAAAUGAGGUGGAAACUGAGCAAAUUGUUAUGGACGGCCGAAGGAUGUGCGGUUUCAUUCAGAUGAGAGGAUCCAUUCCGUCUCAUUGGUCUCAGGAUAUCAGCAAAAUGGUGCCAAAGCCUCCGAUUUCGCUGGAUCUAGCCGAUCCCUACGCAGAGACGUCUGCGAAACACAUUGAGAGGCUGCUUUUCCACUACGGAGCUCCUGUGAUAAUCUUCAAUCUCGUGAAGAAAAGGGAGAAGAGGAAGCACGAAAGCAUUUUGACUGAAGAGAUGCUAUCCAGUGUGAAGUACCUCAACCAGUUCCUGCCUCCGCCUCAUAAGAUCAAGUACAUCCACUUCGACAUGGCGAGGAAGAGUCGAGGAGAUGGAAAUGUGAUGAACAGCUUGGCGGAUAUCGCUGAGAAUGUGAUUCAGCAGAUGGGAAUGUUCCUGUACGAUGGCGAUGAGUCUCAAUUGUACCAGACAGGGAUUGUUAGGGUGAAUUGUGUAGAUUGUCUGGACAGGACCAACACAGCGCAGUUCGCGAUUGGAAAGUGCGCUCUGGGUCACCAGCUUUGCCAGUUGGGCUUCAUAGAUCCGCCAAAGUUGGAAUUCGACUCGGAUUGCGUGACGAUGCUUGAGACACUGUAUGAGGAUCACGGAGACACGCUGGCUCUGCAGUAUGGAGGAUCUCAGCUGGUGCACAGGAUCAAGACUUAUCGCAAGACGGCGGCCUGGACCAGCCAAGGCAACGAUAUCAUGCAGACACUGAGUCGAUACUACAGCAACACGUUCAGCGACACAGAGAAGCAGCACAGCAUCAAUUUGUUUCUCGGCUAUUACGUUCCACAUGAGAACGACUCGAAGCAGAGCUCGGCUAUCUGGGAACUUCCGACUGACUACUACAUGCACAACAUUCAGAGGCGCGAGAUGGGCAGAUCAUCAAGGGAUUCCGCGCCACUCACCGAGUGGGUGAGGCCCAUUGUGAUGCGGAAUCUUCCGUAUUCUACGAGCGACUGCAAUAAGAUCGUCUCUGAGCUGAUAAGAGUGCACAGUAAGCAUGUGGAGAUGAUUGAUUCCUACUCCAAUUAUCAUCUUCCGCACAAGUUGACUGCAUUUGAUGAGCACAUCGCUUAUCAGAUAAGCUACUUGGCGAGAAACUUCGUGAGAACCUUCCGGACAAACUUCAGUCCCUUUGAACCGGGAAAACACGAGAGGAGCACCAGUUCGAAAAAUCCCUCUCUAACUGGCCAGAGCAGCACGAGUUCCACUACAAGUUCCACAAGUUCAAGCAUGGACGAGGCCUCUUCGUCGGAUGAGGAGCCUCUGUCGGAUAUCAAGACGCAGAGUUUGAGCGGGAAACGCGAAGCAAUCGCUACAUCUUCCCUGAAAGCCACUCUUCCAUCGACGCUUGACAUUUACGGCAUGGAAGUGAAGAAGCCCGACAAGAAGAACUACGCUCUGUAUAAGAAAUACGUUCAAAUGGCCAAACAAUCCAUGCCUUUGGCAGAGGAGAACCAAGUGAGGAACUCUCAAAUGACUGGCCAGAAGAAGAUCUUGGGAUGUAUUCAACUGACGCCUCUCAGUGAUUUCAAGAAGGAUUCUUAUGAGAGCGUUGAACCUCCCACGGUUCCUCAGGUGAGUGUUGAUAUCUACAGAAAUUACGUUGACUCCUAUUCCACGCUCUUCACAAAAGACAUCGAGAGUGCAAACACUCGUGAUGUGAUAAGCAAAUAUGUGAAUUUUUCACUAUAAUGU